ACGCCGCGGCGGCGCGGCGGGGCCGCGGGGCUCGGAAGAUGAAGUCUUCAAUACAUUCUGAAGAGGAUGAUUUUGUUCCAGAACUACAUAGAAAUGUUCACCCUCGAGAGCGGCCUGAUUGGGAAGAAACACUUAGUGCAAUGGCAAGAGGAGCAGAUGUUCCAGAGAUUCCUGGAGAUCUUACUCUUAAGACAUGUAGCAAUACAGCGAGUAUGAAGGUUAAUAAACAUGUAAAAAAGUCCACCACACCAGGACUGAUGGGCUGUGACAACAUACACAGGUUACCAUUCACGAAGGGUCACUUUCCAAAGAUGGCUGAAUGUGCACAUUUUCAUUAUGAGAACGUUGAAUUCGGCAGCAUACAGCUUUCACUUUCAGAAGAACAGAAUGAAGUAAUGAAAAAUGGCUGUGAAUCUAAAGAGCUGGUCUACCUCGUACAGAUUGCUUGCCAGGGCAAAAGUUGGAUUGUUAAAAGAAGUUAUGAAGAUUUUCGGGUACUUGAUAAACAUCUUCAUCUCUGUAUUUAUGACCGACGGUUUUCCCAGCUCUCAGAGCUUCCCCGUUCUGACAGCCUGAAGGAGAGUCCAGAGUCCGUCACUCAGAUGCUCAUGGCUUACCUGUCACGCCUUUCAGCUAUUGCUGGCAACAAGAUCAACUGUGGUCCUGCACUUACCUGGAUGGAGAUUGAUAACAAGGGAAACCAUCUUCUGGUUCAUGAGGAAUCAUCCAUCAACACUCCUGCUGUUGGUGCUGCCCAUGUUAUAAAGAGGUACACUGCUCGGGCUCCUGAUGAACUGACUUUAGAGGUGGGAGACAUCGUUUCUGUUAUUGACAUGCCCCCCAAAGUGCUAAGUACAUGGUGGAGAGGCAAGCAUGGAUUUCAGGUGGGACUCUUCCCUGGUCAUUGUGUGGAGUUAAUUAACCAGAAAGUUCCCCAGUCAGUGACCAACUCAGUGCCAAAACCAGUGUCUAAAAAGCACGGCAAGCUCAUCACUUUCUUGCGAACAUUCAUGAAGUCUCGUCCAACAAAACAGAAGCUAAAGCAGCGAGGGAUCUUGAAAGAGAGAGUGUUUGGCUGUGACCUGGGAGAACACCUUCUGAAUUCUGGUUUUGAAGUGCCCCAGGUUCUUCAAAGCUGCACAGCAUUCAUUGAGCGAUAUGGCAUUGUUGAUGGGAUAUAUCGUCUCUCUGGGGUUGCCUCUAAUAUCCAGAGACUACGCCAUGAAUUUGACUCUGAGCAUGUUCCCGACCUGACAAAAGAACCUUAUGUUCAAGACAUUCAUUCGGUGGGCUCACUCUGUAAGCUGUACUUUCGAGAACUCCCAAACCCUCUGCUCACCUACCAGCUGUAUGAGAAAUUUUCUGAUGCUGUUUCAGCAGCAACAGAUGAAGAAAGGCUGAUAAAAAUUCAUGAUGUCAUCCAGCAGCUCCCUCCACCACACUACAGAACCUUGGAGUUCCUGAUGAGACACUUGUCUCUUUUAGCAGACUAUUGUUCCAUCACAAAUAUGCAUGCAAAAAACCUAGCCAUUGUCUGGGCUCCAAACUUGCUCAGAUCAAAACAGAUAGAGUCGGCCUGCUUCAGUGGGACAGCAGCUUUCAUGGAAGUGAGAAUCCAGUCUGUGGUUGUUGAAUUCAUCCUCAAUCAUGUAGAUGUACUCUUCAGUGGCAAAAUCAGUGCAGUCAUGCAAGAAGGUGCAGCUUCCCUGUCAAGGCCCAAGUCUCUGCUGGUGUCCUCUCCAUCCACCAAGCUGCUGACAUUGGAGGAAGCCCAGGCACGAACCCAAGCUCAAGUCAACUCUCCAAUUGUGACUGAAAAUAAAUAUAUCGAAGUUGGAGAAGGACCUGCUGCACUUCAAGGGAAAUUUCAUACCAUAAUCGAGUUUCCACUUGAAAGAAAGAGACCUCCUAAUAAAAUGAAAAAAUCUCCCGUGGGUAGCUGGCGUUCCUUUUUCAACUUGGGGAAGUCGUCAUCCAUCUCUAAACGGAAGUUGCAGCGUAACGAGAGUGAGCCCUCAGAGAUGAAAGCCAUGGCUUUGAAAGGUGGCAGGGCAGAAGGAACCCUUCGCUCAGCUAAAAGUGAGGAGUCUCUUACUUCUCUCCACGCAGUUGAUGGUGACUCCAAGCUCUUCCGACCCAGAAGACCCCGGUCUAGCAGUGAUGCACUGUCUGCCUCUUUCAACGGAGAAAUGCUGGGGAACCGCUGUAAUUCCUAUGAUAAUCUACCACAUGACCACGAGAGUGAGGAGGAAGUGGGGCUGCUCCACAUUCCAGCUCUUGUGUCUCCUCAUUCUGCUGAGGAUGUUGACUUGAGCCCACCAGACAUUGGAGUGGCCAGCCUGGAUUUCGAUCCAAUGUCAUUUCAGUGUAGUCCUCCUAAAGCUGAAUCAGAAUGUCUGGAGAGUGGUGCUUCCUUUUUGGAUUCAUUGGGAUACUCCAAGGAUAAACCAUGUGCCAUUAAAAAGGAUGGGGAAGCAGCUGGUAGCCAGUCUCAUACUCCAGGAAGCACUGCAAGUUCUGAACCUGUCUCUCCAGUUCAGGAAAAACUGAGUCCAUUCUUUACCCUGGACUUGAGCCCAACUGAAGACAAAUCGUCUAAGCCAUCGACAUUUACUGAAAAGGUUGUCUAUGCUUUCUCUCCGAAGAUAGGACGGAAGUUAAGCAAAUCACCUUCCAUGAACAUAUCUGAGCCAAUUUCAGUGACUCUUCCACCUCGGGUGUCAGAAGUCAUUGGUACUAUCUCAAACACUACAGUUCAGAAUGCAUCGUCACCAACCUGGGAGAAAAGUGUGGAAGAAAGUGAUGUCACAAAUAGAUCCCCCACCCAGAUAGUAAAGAUGAAAACAGAUGAGAGAGAGGCCCAAGAAGGAUGUGAACCUGAAGUCCAGCACCUGGACCAGGUUGCUGCUGAAGAAGUAGAAUUGCCAGGGAAAGAGGAGCAGUCUGUCUCAAGCAGUCAGAGUAAGGCUGUAGCUUCUGGACAGACUCAGACAGGAGCAGUUACCCAUGAUCCCCCUCAGGAUCCUGUUCCUGUCAGUUCAGUCUCUCUUAUCCCACCACCACCGCCUCCGAAAAAUGUCGCCCGAAUGUUGGCACUAGCAUUAGCUGAGUCUGCGCAGCAAGCCUCAACUCAGUCACUGAAGAGACCAGGGAUUUCUCAGGCUGGGUAUACUAGUUAUGGAGACUUGGCAGUGACUACAGCUGAAGAUAAACUGCCUGGUCCCUACUGUAGUGUUGCUCUAGAUAAGGCCUAUUUCCAAAUGGAUCGACCAGCAGAGCAGUUCCACCUCCAGAACAAUACAUCAGGACACUGUGAACAGUCUCUCCCAGAGACAGCAGCUAUGGGGGAUCCCACCCAUUCCAACACAACUGAAUCUGGAGAGCAACUCCACCAAGUUGACUUGCCAGGGAAUCAACCACCUCGAAACUAUUUAUCUGGGGACCCAGAAAAGACCAGAAUCACUUCAGCUCCCUUAACAGACUCAGAGAAAUCUGACGAUCCUGUCAAUUAUCCUGAGGACCAGGCUGUGAAGAACAGUAUGCCAACUGUGUCCUUUGUGGAGCAGAAUGAGCCUCCACUCCAUUUCUGCAGUGACCAGCCCCCCGCUUCCCUUGCUGCAAGUAUAGACAAACCCCAUCAACCUCCACUCCAUUUCUGCAGUGACCAGCCCCCCACUUCCCUUGCUGCAAGUAUGGACAAGCACCAUCAACCUGCAGAAAUUCUUGACAGAUCUCUCAUGACUUGUAAUUUGCCUAGGGACAAAGUCUACCCUCCUUCUGGGUCCCCUGAAGAGAAUACCAGCACCGUCACCAGGGCUUAUGUGAUGGCAACUACAACAGCAGCUGAAAUGAGCUCCAGGGAUGCCAGCUGGGCUGUGGCUGAACAGCCCAUUGCUGUUGAUUUUGCGGCUGCCACCCUUCAGCGCACGCACAGAACUAACCGUCCCCUUCCCCCACCUCCUUCCCAAAGGCCAGCAGAGCAGCUGCCAGUCGUGGGGCAGGUACAAGCAGCACCCAGUAUAGGAUUAAAUAAUUCCCACAAGGUUCAAGGAAUGGCUCCAGCUCCAGAGAGGCCACCUGAGCCUCAAGCCAUGAGUGACUCUGCACCCCUCUUUGUCAGCGAUGGCAGUGCAGCUGCUCAGUGUCCCAUGACCACAUCUGCUCCCCAGCCAGGCUUACCUGAGAAAGUGCGAGAAGGUAGCAGGGCUCCACUCCUCCACCUGCGAGCUGAGUCCUUCCCUGGCCACUCCUGUGGCUUUGCUGCUCCAGUGCCACCCACAAGGACAGUUGAAAGCAAAAUGGCUGCUGCCAUGCAUUCUAGCAGUGCAGAUGCCACCAGCAGUUCGAACUACCACUCCUUUCUUGCUGCUUCCUCAGCCUCGGUGGAGGAUGUGUUGCCUUUGCCACUUCCUAUCCCACAACCUAAGCAUGCUUCUCAGAAAAUAGCUUAUUCCUCCUUCACUAGGCCUGAUGUUGCUCCUGAGCCCUUUGGUCCAGAAAACUGUGUGCAUUUCAAUAUUACUCCAAGCUGCCAGUUCCGUCCCUCAAGUGUAUCUCUACACCACAACAAGUUGGAGCAGCACCAGGUAUAUGGUGCCCGAUCGGAGCCACCAACCACCAUGGGACCUCAUUAUAACACCUAUGUGGCCCCAGGAAGAAACACAUCUGGACACCACUCCAAGCCAUGCAGCCGGAUUGAAUAUGUUUCUCCUUUAAGCUCCUCGGUUAGGGGUGCUUGUUACCCUGAAGAUAUUCCACCAUACCCUACCAUCCGGAGGGUGCAGUCCCUCCAUGCUCCCCCAUCUUCCAUGAUUCGCUCUGUUCCCAUUUCACGAACAGAAGUUCCCCCAGAUGAUGAACCAGCCUAUUGUCCAAGACCCCUGUACCAGUAUAAGCCAUAUCAGUCCUCCCAGGCCCGCUCAGAUUAUCACGUAACUCAACUUCAGCCUUACUUUGAAAAUGGACGGGUCCACUACCGCUAUAGCCCAUAUUCCAGUUCUUCUAGUUCCUAUUACAGUCCUGAUGGGGCCCUGUGUGAUGUGGAUGCCUACAGCACAGUACAGUUGAGGCCCCUUCACCGCCUGCCCAAUCGUGAUUUUGCUUUCUACAAUCCUAGGCUGCAAGGAAAGAAUGUGUACAGCUAUGCUGGUUUGCCACCACGUCCUCGGGCCAACAUGUCUGGCUAUUUCUCUGGUAAUGACCAUAACGUAGUCAACAUACCCCCAGCUGCCGAUGUAAAGCACACCUACACUUCAUGGGAUCUUGAGGACAUGGAAAAAUACCGAAUGCAGUCCAUCCGCAGAGAGAGCCGUGCGCGGCAGAAGGUGAAAGGACCUGUUAUGUCUCAGUAUGACAACAUGACCCCCACUGUUCAGGAUGACUUGGGAGGGAUCUAUGUCAUCCAUCUGCGUAGUAAAUCCGAUCCUGGGAAAACUGGACUUCUCUCGGUGGCAGAGGGGAAGGACGGGCGGCACACAGCCAAGGUGGUCAGUCCUGAGGGAGAUGACCGCUUCUACAGGAAACACCCAGAGCCAGAAUUUGACAGAACCCACCACCAUGGGGUGUAUGGCAGUGUGCAGGCAGAAAAGCCAUCCCUCCCGCAGAAGCAGGGCAGCCUGAGGAACCGGAAGCUUCAUGACCUGGCCUGUGGUCUCCAAGAACACAGAGUACUUCAGGAAGCAAGCCAUAGGCAGCUAAGUGAAUCAAAGAAUGGGCCACCUUACUCCCAGGCAUCUGGCCAGUUAGAUUAUGGGCCCAAAGGGAUUCCAGACCCUUCUGAGCCAGGCAGCUACCAUAACUCUGGAGGGAAGUACACCAUGUCAGGGCAGGAAUCUUUAAGACUGAACCACAAAGAAGGGAGACUUUCCAAAGAUCUGGAGCGACCACGAGCCAGGCAGCCACCCGCUCCAGAGAAACACUCCAGAGACUGCUACAAGGAGGAGGAACACCUCACUCAGUCAGUGGCCCCACCCCCUAAACCAGAGCGGAGUCAUAGCCUAAAACUCCAUCACACACAGAACCUGGAGAGGGACCCCGGCAUGGUAUACCAGUACCAAACACACAGCAAGCGCCAGAACAAUAUGACCGUUGUGUCACAGUAUGACAACCUGGAGGAUUACCACUCCUUGCCUCAGCACCAGCGAGGGGGAUUUGGAGGGGGCAGCAUGGGAGCCUGUGUGCCCUCCGGCUUUGCCCGCCCACAGAGCAGGACCUACGCCACAGCCCUGGGGCAAGGCGCAUUCCUGCCCACAGAGCUGUCUUUACAGCUCCCUGAUGCACAGAUCCAUGCAGAAUGAGCCCUGGGAGCAGUAGAGUUGAAGCAGCCUCUGCUGGACAGUGGACUGUUCUAUUUUUUUUUCAAUAACCAAAA